AUGAAAAACAUUCCCGACUAUACAGCCUGUGACUACCUUAAGGACUUAAACGAACGUCUUAGAGUUGCUAGAGACUCUGCCUUAAGAAACGUCCAAGCUAUGAAAGAGAAAGCCAAAGACAGAUACGACAGUACACCAGACGCAAGUGAUGCAAAACACUACGACGAAUGUAUCGAUUUACUAGAAAGACAUUUCCCACUCGUAAAAUCCGAACCCCUAAAACUAUAUCAUAUAUAUUCAACUCCUAUCCAACAUCCCAAUUCCUCUCUUUAUACAACCAUCCUACCAGAGCAUAAGUUUCUAGCCACAAACCCCAGCGGUCAAACAUACAUUUCAACGAGCUCGCUAGACAAUUGCAAGACCUUCACCGAGAAAAGAAUCGUUUGCAAUGACCUCAUCGUUUAUGACGCCGAUACACGUCCAAUAUGCGAACUCCAAGCUCUUUUCACCAUUUCAAAGAAGAUCCCAAGCACCUGCACAAGUUCUACAUUUGUCGCACAGAUAAAUACGUUCCAGUCGUUAAAUGAUAACAGAUGGCUCUUCAUCCUAACAAACUCAACGCCAUGCGUCCUCCAAUGUGACAACGAAGUAUCCCACCAUCUCAUCCAAGGAUCCGGCAUAAUCACAUUAAAAGAAAACUGCAAACUUCACACUGGAUACAGCACGCUUUCAGCACAUAAAACAAAAAAAGAAAACAUUACGUCCCCAAUCAUCAUCCCUGAUCUUAACAUUCAGGACUGCAUUGAAGAAAACAAAAAGACCGAAGUACCAAACUUACUUCCUAUUUCUCUAAAUGAAAUUCCUUUGGACUCCCUCAAUAAUAUCAAACAUCAAUUAGACAACCAUCACGAAGAAAUCCAAAAAUUUAAAAACAAGCCAUUUAUUGAAAGAAAUCAGAACGGAUUUUCCUGGUUCUCCAUUAUAACCGGAACUUCUAUGAUUUUAUUGAUGUUAUAUAUACUUUUCAAAAAAUAUAUUCAACGCCACCAAAGACACAACCAUGGAGAAAAUAGUUGCAUUCAAAUUUUCAACAAUUGCCUCGGUUCAUCCUCGCGACGACGAAUAACACAUGUUCAUAACAUCCCGAUGAGAACAACAGAUCCUCCGUUUCCAGUUAGAACAUCCUGCAUCUCCGAAGACGAAGACGACGCCUCAAACACCACCCAAAGAUCGGACGCUAACGCCCAAUCUUUAUUCUAAGAGGGGAGGUGUUAUAUAAUACCUACUAUAUAUAAGACAACUCUAAUAUAUAAGAACCAUAGUACAUAAGAAUUCUCACUCUAGUAUAUAAUGUUAUAUCAAGAUCUCAUGUUACUAUUUUUAAGUUGUAUUUGUUCUUCCUAGUAUUAUUCGUCAUUCCUAAUGUUAUUUGUCGCCCCUAAUGUUAUGUUCCUGUAUAGAUAAAUUAUCUUGUUAUUGUUUCCAUAUUCUAAUCACUUGUUUACCACUCCUCUAAUUCUCAAAAAUAUUGUAUCUCAUAAUUAAGUUAACAAUAAGUCAUUCGACAAACGAUUCUAUUUGUGCCUCCCACUAUUCCAAAAACCAUCUAUAUAAUAGU